GUUUUUAAGCAUUGAAGACAUUGGUUAAAACUUUAGUGGCUGAAAUGAUUUGACUACAUCCGAGUAUCUAACAUGACCCAUAUAAAAGAUCACCAUUGCGAGGAUUUCGUUACCAAACUGUUAUGUGAACGAUUUUACUCACUGAACCUACCGGUUACGUGUACGACAUAGGACCAACAUGAAGUUUGACGUUGUCUUUCUUUUGGUGGUGCUGAUUGCAUUGGCAAAGACAGAUGAUGAUGAAGAAAAAAAGCCAAAGAAGUUGCAGAUUGGCAUUAAGAAACGUGUGGAUUCAUGUCCAAUAAAGUCUCGGAAAGGAGAUACACUCCACAUGCAAUAUAGGGGAACCCUGUUUGAUACAAAGGAGGAAUUUGACAGCAGCUACAGCAGGAAUCAGCCUUUUGUGUUCACCCUGGGUACAGGCCAGGUCAUCAAGGGCUGGGACCAAGGCUUACUAGGAAUGUGUGAGGGAGAGGAGAGGAAGCUGGUGGUCCCCGCUGACAUGGGAUAUGGGGCCAGGGGAGCACCUCCGAAAAUACCAGCCAAUGCAGUUCUUGUAUUUGAAGUGAAGCUGGACAAGAUUGAACGACAUGGUGAUUUAUAGGGCUCCCUAAUAGUGACGACAACACAAGCCAUGUAAACUUAUGCUUAUUAACCCUUUCAGUGCGGGAACCGAAUUUUAAAGGCCUUUGCAAACAGUUUGGAUCCAGAUGAGACGCCACAGAACGUGGCAUCUCAUCUGGAUCCAAACUGUUUGCUAUUCUGAUAGUAUUCUUUGAAAAAAAUAGAAGAAAAUGCUAAUUUUAGAACUUCAGCAGACAACAAUUUAGCAGACGACAAAUUUCCCAGCAUGCAAAGGGUUAAUGUCAAUAUUUGUAUUUGUAGCAUCUUGUGCUAUUUUAGCGUUAGGUAGAUACAACUGAUACAAAAGUGUUGUGAAUUGAAAUUUGGAUUGUUUGUUAUUAGUAUAUCAAAAUGUGUGCUUGGAAUGGCAGGUUUUAUAUUGAUAAUCACGUUUACUAGAAACAACGCAAUGUUUUAUUUCAUUGAUGUAUGAAAUCCAUUCGCAAAUGCAUUGUGCAAUUUCUGUAUAAUUGAGUGAACAAAAAAAUUCAUCUGAAUGCUUUAUAAAAACAUGUUGAUUAUUCAAUCAAAAUAUUCAUUUGUAUACAUUAUUGUGUUGUAAGAUUACUUUUGUCAAUUAAUUGUUGUCUAAAAACUUACAAUAUUGCUGUGCUAAAUCCUUUAAAUGUAUGUUUUGAUAACGUUCACGUAUUGUAAAAUGAUUGCAUGCUGGCAAUUACAUGUACAUUGUCAUUAUACCAAAAAUAAACUCACUUUCAAAAAUA